CGUGUUAACGCACAAUAGGAAACAUCCCCGCUGCUAAUUUGUAGUUUGGUUGCGUGUGUGACUGCAACCUUCCUGGAAAGGGGCACAACCCUCACGGGUGGAGUGUAUCCUGGGUGUGGGAGCGCCACCCGGCUUCCGGGCGGCAAGGAGAUGCUGUGGGGUCUGAAACCUACACGCACGCCGGACCCAGAACUACCUCACCCCCGGUUGUAGCAAGUUACGCGACUUUCGCGCGCAACAAAGCAACGAAAAUGCCUACACCAGAUCUGCGCCCCUCUUACCGACUUGUAUCAAGCGCUCUGGAACAGGCUGCCCUCCUACUAGGCUGCUCGAGCCCUAGCGCGCAGAAUGCCCAGCAGCAGCAACAACAACCAAACCGACAGCGAAAGCAGGCUCAGGCUCAGCGCAGCCGGCACCGCGGCGAGGCGCAACGGCCCGCCAGGGCAGGCCAAGGCCCGGCCGCAACUUCACCUCUCCAAGCCAGCAGCCAGGAGCUGCUUGCAACGUGUUACGAGCUGCUAUCCCCGGGCAUCAGCGCCCUAUCAGAGGCUGCGUGCCCGGAGCCUCAUCGAGCAGUCGAGGCGGUUCCCCUCCUAGCGGAGCUCCGCAUCGUUCCGCGGUCCGCCGCACUCCUGACAGCUCUCAUCCGCCAAGCAUCAGUCCCAACUGCUGCCGAGCCCGGAAGAGAAGGCUACCUUGCAACAUCAUCCGCAGCAGCAGCGGCGGCUGCAAUUGCUUCCAAUGCUCCCGCCUCUCCUGCCGCUGCAGCUGCUGCUACCGCUCCCACGUUUCUUGUUCCGGGACCAACGACGGCAACACCCGAAGACUCCGACCCCGGCCACCACCACCACCACCAGCACCAGCUGCAAGCCCUCCUAGCGCUCGCAACCCUGCUCCUCAAGCUCCUGGGCCACUGCGCCGUGCUGCUGCAUGCGGCCUCCCCCUCGGCUCCGCCGCCGCCGCCGCCGUCCAAAUCCAAGUCAGCCUCCUCCGCCUCCACCUCCGCCAUCACUGCAACCGCCACCACCACCGUCUCCGCCUGUGCGGAGUUGCAGCAGCAGCUGGGCGAUAUCGCAGUCGGCAGCGCAGCCGCCGCCUGGGUGCAUGUCGUACACUCCCGCGCUUGGCCUCUGUUACUACUGCCACGGGCUCCGGAGUCGCCGCUGCAGCUGGAUGAGCAGCAGCAACAGGCAUCCUGGCCCCCGUCGCCAUCACCACCACCACCAGCAGCGGCUGCAUCGACAUCGACAGCAUGCACGUCAUCAUCAUCCUCAUCUCCCUCUUCUUCCGUGUCUCCGGCGCCCUCACCGCCCGCCCAGGAAGCCUCGACCGGGGAAGGUCACGCCCCACACGCCUCCGAACCACCCUCGGAUCUGAACCCGGGGCCGUCAGUGGGGAUCAGCAGCUGCACCACCAAUGUAACCACCCUGCUACGACAGCAACAACAACAGCAACAACAACCGCGUCACGAGCCUUCCUCGCCCGGUGCUUCACCACCUCCUGAAGUCUCGAGGACGCCUGGGAGACCACCGCCACCACCACCGGCACCACCACAACUACCACCUGCUCAUGCAGCCGACGUGCAGGCGGAGUCGGAGCAUGAGCUGUGGCAGCACUCCUGCGCCCUGCUGCGCGCGGCAGCUGGCUUGCUGGGUGAGCUGGCGCUACUCGGCACUCGGCUGCUGCGGCUGCCGCCCGAUAGCAGCAGUAGCAGCACCUCACACCACCAACAGCAGCAGCAACAGCACAAUCUGCGCAUGCAGCGGCUACCCAAGCAGCCGAAGCAGCAGACCCAGCAGCAGCAGACCCAGCAGAUGUAUCUGGACUGGUGCCAGCAGCUGCCGGCGCUGCUGAGGGGCAGCGGUCUGCUAGCUGCCCUGUGCGGUGCGCUGCUGGGCGCACCCCCGCAGCCCCCGCAACCGUUGUUGGGAGUGCGUGUGGUGCAUGAGGGGCACCUUGGGGGGCAACAUGACGACAGCCACCAUCACCAUCCCCACCAAGCCGGUGCUGCUGCUGCUGCUGUUGACGCUGCGACUUCUGUUGCUGCUGACGUCAUGAUUUUGGAGAUGCGGCCCGACACAGCAGAUCUGUACGAGGCAGUCAGUGUCGUACUGUGUGCCAUGGGGCAAAUCAUGUUGCUGCCCGGCUUACAGCAGCAGCGACCGCAGCAGGAUGAGGC